CACACAAACAAAUCAAACAACCAAACAAACCCUUCCAUCACACACUUGGGACCCUCAAACCCUCACAAAUUUUAACAUAGAAUCCCUCAAAAAACAACACAUCACAGUGUCACACAGACACACACAUACCAGUUUGUUCUACAUUGUCAUCAUCCUUCACUUCCCAACCAAAUCUCAAUCAAACCUGGAACCCUCUUCAACACUCUCAAAAACAAACAACACUCGCAUAAAUAAAUGUUAAAAAGACUUCAUCUUUCUACAAAAAAACCCACAAUACACUCUUCUAGAUCCCUCUCCCAUUGCCCCUUCUCUCCUCUCUGGUAUAUAUUCUUUCUUUCACCACUUUCAUCUUUUGUUCCACUCCAUACACACACUAUGACACAUAAAAGGUUACCCAUUUACCUCUUUUCUCUCUCUCACCCUCUCAACUCCACAAUCAUCAUGUGUUAACCACUAAAUGUAAAAGCUUUUCUUUCUUUUCUUUCAAAGUUUGGUUUUUUAUCCACUGGGUGGCUGGGUUUUUUGGCCGCUGAACAAGAACAUAAUCAAGAACAUUAGCCAUUGUUGCUUUUUUCACUGGGAAAUUCUGAAUCCCCGAAACCAUGAUUCACGCUGUUUCUUCCCGGAACCCGUUGGUGUGGAACAAGCCAAGACUCUGUAGACAUCGCACAACACCUUCUCUGCCACCUGUGGUUUGUUCCCUGAACCACAGCAACGCCGUCAAUGAGAGACCGACGUUGACGGUGGUGACGAGGUGCAACGCCGUCAAUGAGAGACCAGCAUUGACGGUGAUGACGAGGCGCGUGGUGGUUAAGCAGAGGUACGAGGAUAAAGAGAGGGAGGAUGUUGGGAACAGAUACAUGAUGCUGCUGUGUGGGUUGGGUUAUUGGGUGCAAGGUUUCAGGUGUUUUCCAUGGCUGGCACUGAACUUUCACAUGGCUACCAACCUCAACUUGCAUCCUUCCACGUUGCAGCUCGUGCAGAACACUGCCAACCUCCCCAUGGUGGCUAAGCCACUCUAUGGAAUCCUUUCGGAUGCAAUCUAUAUCAAUGGGGCUCGCAGAAUUCCUUAUCUUGCCAUGGGGGGUCUUCUGCAAAUUCUUUCAUGGAGUGUGCUGGCAUUGGUCCCCAUUGCACAGGAAGUGCUUCCCUACUUAAUUGCCUCUGUGCUUAUUAGUAAUUUGGGAGCAUCCAUUGCAGAAGUAGCACAGGAUGCUCUUGUAGCAGAGUAUGGCAAGAAGCACAAAAUUGGUGGCUUGCAGGCAUAUGCAUUCAUGGCAUUAGCUGCAGGUGGAAUCUUAGGCAACUUGAUUGGUGGUUAUUUCUUACAGAAAAUGCCUCCCAGAACAAUGUUUGCAAUAUUUUCAUCUUUACUCUCUCUACAUCUACUCAUUUCUCUCUCAACAAGAGAGGAAUCUUUAGGCAUAACAAAACUUUCAGGUCAAAAACUUUCUAGGCAAUCCAUCUCAGAGAACAUCAAGAAACAAGUCUCUGAUCUUGUAGUUGCAAUCGGUGACAAGAACAUUUUCCAACCUCUUGUAUGGAUUAUUGGAUCAAUCGCCAUGGUCCCAAUGCUUUCAGGUUCUAUAUUCUGCUAUCAGACACAGUGCCUAAACCUUGAUCCUACAGUAAUAGGGUUGUCUAGGGUGAUUGGCCAGUUUGUGCUUCUUUCAGUAACUGUGAUGUAUAACCGUUUCUGGAAAACAAUUUCAAUGAGAAAGCUGAUAGGCACAGUGCAGAUUCUGUAUGCAUCAUCCCUACUUCUUGAUCUCAUUUUGGUCAAACAGAUAAACCUCAAAUGGGGAAUUCCCAAUGAGGUGUUUGCUCUUUGCUUCUCUGGUUUAGCAGAAAUUGUGGCUCAUUUCAAGCUCCUUCCUUUCUCAGUUUUGUUUGCAAAUUUAUGUCCAAAGGGGUGUGAAGGAUCUCUCACAGCAUUUCUUGCAUCAGCUCUGUGUCUGUCAUCAAUAGCCAGUGCCUUUCUGGGUGUUGGAUUGGCCUCUUGUCUUGGUGUUACAUCUGGUGAUUACUCAGGCUUGACAAUGGGAAUUCUUGCACAGUUUCUUGCAGCUCUAGUGCCAUUAAGAUGGAUUCAUUCUUUACCUAUGUCACAAACUGUUGAGAGGAGAAGGAAAAGAAGUAUGAGCAGAAGGGCACGUAGAAACAGAAGAGUUGGAAAAGUUGUGCUUGGUUCUGCUAACAUCUACAGACGUGAGAGAGAAUAAGAGUCACAUAGGUGAAGCUAAUGCACUGCUUCAAUGGUUAUGCAAUGAUGAAUGGUAGUUCUUGAGUUCAUCCACAAAUUCAUCAUCAUCAUCAUCAUGGACCACAAGAUGAUUCCUUGGACAAAUUCAUUUCUGCCACAAAACUAGGAUUUUUGUUCGAGUCCAUAUUCUCUGCUGGUUUUAUUCUUGCUAUCCUCUACUGAUCAUUAAAAAUACACUAUGAUACUUUAGAAUAUUUUUUAGUAUAUUUUAAAACAUCAUAAGCAGUAUCCAUCAUUAGUGUAUUUUAAAGAUACAACUACAACAGAGAGACAACACAUAAAAAACUAAUAGAGAAUCCAAAUUCUGAGUUCUAGGUCCAACACCUGAACCUGGUCAUAGGUGGUUUUUGAGCACACAAUGAUAUGUUAUUUCUUGAUUCUGCCAUCUCACUGAUAUGUUUUCUAAUUACCUGAUGGUUGUUUACAUGUUCAUAUCAGCAACAGUGAAACUAUGUUAACUAGUGGUAAAUACUUAUCUGGUUUUUAAUGUUCA